ACCAAUGACGGUCAUGAAAGAAAGAGAAAGUAGAUUCUGACAUUGUUAAACAGAGCUGAGACGCCAUUACAGGUUGUGAGAUUAGCUGCCGGAAAACACACAUUUGGAUUAUUUUAAACGAUCAAUUGGAGUAACAGAAAGUUGGUGAGUCCUGCUGUUGAUAUAUAAUCAAGAGACUGAGAAAAUGGCUGAGAAAGUUGCUCUUCUUCAAAGUUACCUUAGUUGCCAUGUUUGUUCAGAGACUUUCAGAGAUCCUGUGUCUCUGAGCUGCAGCCACAGCUUCUGUUCAAGCUGCCUGCAACAAUUCUGGAAACAAGCUAAAAACAAAAACUGUCCCUUUUGUAAAAGAAGAUCUUCAAAGGAAUUCCCACCCAUAAACUUUUCUCUUAAAGAACUGGCUGAUUCCUUUGCUGGGAGACAGGAAACUGGAUUAUCUGAGAGAGAAAAACCAGAGACGACAGUUGAGGUGGUGUGUAGUAAACAUCAAGAAGAGCCUAAAUUGUUCUGUAAAGAUGAACAAAAAGCUUUCUGCACGGUCUGUGAGUUUUCUCUUCACGAGAGUCACAAGGUGGUUCCUGUAGAACAAGCAGUCAGUGACCUGAAGGAGCAGCUGAAAUCUGACUUAAAGUCUCUACGGGACAAGAGGAACAAAUAUGAGGAGGUUGAGGAAACAUACAACUAUGUGAUUCAACACUCCAAGAAGCAGCUGUUGUCCACAGAGAAGCAGAUCAGAGCAGAGUUCAACAAGCUCCACCAGUUCCUGAAAGAGGAAGAGGAGUCUAGACUGGCAGCUCUGAGGGAGGAAGAGGAGCAGAAGGGGAAGACUAUGAGCAGAGAGAUGAAGAUGAUUCAGGGGCAGAUCUCCUCUCUGUCAGACAGUAUCUGUGCUGUUGAAGAAGAGCUGCAGAAACACAAGGUGGCGUUCCUCAGCAGUUAUAAAGCCACUCAGACCAGAGCCAGAGCCCAGAGCUCACUGUCAGAUCCACAGCUGGUCUCAGGAGCUCUGAUAGAUGUGGCCAAACACCUGGGCAACCUGUCCUUCAGAGUCUGGGAAAGGAUGAGGGGCAAGGUCCACUUCAGUCCUGUCAUUCUGGACCCAAACACUGCACCUACCAGUCUCUAUCUGUCUGAUGAUCUGAUCAGUGUGAGACGUGGAAACACAAAUCGGCAGCUCCCUGACAAUCCAGAGAGAUGCACUAAUUUUUCCAAUGUUCUGGGCUCUGAGGGCUUCAGCUCAGGGAAACACAGCUGGGAGGUGGAGGUGGGAGACCAUCCUGACUGGAAUGUGGGUGUGGUCAAAGAGUCAGUUGACAGGAAGGGAGAGCGAAACGCUUCACCAGAAUAUGGAGUCUGGUGUUUAUCACAUCGCAGUGGAAAAUACACUGUUGGUCUUGGUAAGACUCUCACAGUGAAGAAGAGUCUCCAGAGGAUCAGAGUCCAGCUGGACUAUGACAGGGGGGAGGUGUCCUUCUACAACCCUGAAGACAAGACUCACAUCUACACUCACAGAGACACUUUCACUGAGAAACUCUUCCCAUAUUUUUAUAUUGGAGAGGCUGGUGAUGCUAAAACCACUGAUAUCAAAAUCAGUCAAACUGAGAUUUUUUCUAUCAUGAUUAGAUCAGAUUGAAAAACUGUUCAAACUGUCAGUUUAGAAACAGUUGCAUCAUAUUUCCUUUUAUAAAAUCAUUUGACUGAUUAACUGAUUGUGUAUAAAGAAACAUGAAAUAACACAUGUACUGUUUCGCUGUUUGACUUUGUAUUUAUUAAAAAACAAACACAAGCA